UUCUCCUGGAGACUGAGAUUGUGGACGGUCCGGUGGCAGCAACAGGAAGUGAGAGUUUCGGAGCUGAGGGCUUCCCUGUUGAUGGCUGAAUUGGAGAAGUUGGCUGAUGAUCUCCUCACUCAGCCGUGGAUCUCGGUGCGGAUUGGUGACUCUCCUUUCUUGCUGAAGGCCACUUUCAGCGACACUGCUUACAAGUUGAUGCUCUGGGAUCACAGCAGUGUCUGGUGGGAGGAGAUGAACUCGGACGAUCUGAAAGAAAGGGCUCAGGAAUUGAACAAACGGCUGAAGGCGCCGGUAGCAGCGUUCUGCCGGUAUCUCCGUGAGGCUGUCAGCCCCCUGCUGCGAGGCGGAGGUGGGGAUCCCCUCCCUGGCUUCAUCUGUGAGCGAGCUCGAAACCUGCUCAGCAUCAGCUUGAGGAGCGAGUUAUCCGGCGUGCCUUUCUAUUGGACCUUCCGCUGCACAGAGGCCCCCAUGGGCAUGGUAUCUCAUCAUAUGAUCUGCCCAUUGCUGAAUAUGAUGCAGGCUUUGCACAGACAGACUCUGGACCUGAUGAUGCUUUUGGAAAGGAAAGAUGCGGAGAUUCUCGACUAUAAGGAAAACGGUGCUACGUUGAGUAGAGAUCGCUUGGAGACAGAGACUUUCAACGCUGAGGAGUUUAAAGACCGAUUUUUUGCAGAGUGUCUAUCUGAGGCCAUUAGCACACAAGAUGGGAGAGUGUUUAACUCUGAGCUCCAGAAUCUCUACACAAUGAUAGCAGCAGCCAAAGGGAAGCGAAAAAGAGGGCAGGACUCAGGAGAGGAGGAUGAUGGGAAUCCUCAAUCUAGUCUUGGAGACAAACAGAAUGUAACUUCAGCUGAAACGAAAGAAGAUGAUGUCACUCUAACUCCUGAAGGGACUUCAAAAGUCAAGAACCAGGCACCCAAAAGUCUUCGCACUUCAGCAGCUGCCAGAAAUUCUGUUUUUUCCACUGCAAAGCAGAAGAAGAAGAAAAGCAAAGGAAUUUUUAGUUGAUUUUAAAGCCAAUGGCAUUGUAUUUUAAGGAGAAUGUCUUCCGUAUUCCCCUACCCUUUGCUCUGCCACUUUCGCACCCCAGCCCCGUAUCUCACAGGCAGAGGCCAUGACAGUCACACAGCGGAUGGUGUCAGCAGCAUUUUCAUUCAAUUUGUGAUGCUUCCGUCCUCUUCCCUACAUUGAAGUUUGCUCACAGUCUUCUUGUGAGUGAUAGAGAACUACAGCAACAUUUCACAUUUCAGCUCAAACUUUACCAAAUAAGGUUGCCAAGAAUUAACAGCAACUUAAUAAAGUCCCCAGGGAAGUCCUACUUUCUGAAGUCCCAGGAAGUGAGUCUCUGCAAAAGGUCCCUUUAAAUGUGCAGUCAAGAACUGUGUCGAAUUUAUUAGACUUGUCUGUUCCAUCGACUGAAGGGGUUCAUUUGCAUGAUGAUGAUUGCUGUGGUAAUUGUUUCCAAAGGACAACUGUGGAGGCUGGUUGAGUUAAUUUUCAGUUAACUAUAAUAAUCCCACCAGGAGAACCGGAAUUAACUUUAAAUUCCGAGGUGCAAAAUUGCAAUACAAAAUGUAGGAGGAUUUGAGGAGCAGGAAGCUGCAUGCCUUGUUUCCAUCUCCCUGUAAACUAUGCCUGAGACAGACUUGCUAACUGACUCCGUUUUCCCUUUCAGUGCCCUACUUAAGGUGAAACUCUAGCGAGCAGGUCAUCUUAUCGUUCCCAGUAAUUUACAUGCAAUCUAAGUGCCUGUAAUUUUAUUCAGAAUAACCUUGGUAUCAGAGGAUCGGUCUAACUACAUGUCUGCCCUUAUCUCUAUUUAACCUUUAAUUUUGUUCAUCUUUCCCCACUCCUCUCCUUCAUCCAUCUCCUAACCUCUCAGUGUCUUCAUCUCGCUCAUUUCUCAUUCCCUUCCCUUUCUCUUCAUUUCUCCAUUCUGUUUUAUUCUCUUUCCUCUUAUAUUUCUGGCUUUGCUAUUUGAUUUUUCAUCUCUCUAUUUAAUUUUUACUUCAUGUUAUUUAUCUUUCUCUCGUCAUUCCCUUCUAAUUCAUUUGUCUCUUUAUACUUCCUAUUGUCUCUCGUUUCUCUCCACUGCUGUCCAUUCACUCUCUUUCCUUCCUCCCUUUUCCACUUCUUGGCUUUUUUGUCAGUCUCACAUCUCCACCACGCUGGCUCAUUUUCAUCCUCUCUCACUUCUUGUUGUCAAACCUAUUUUGUUCUUCUGCAACUCUCCUUUGCUACCCUUUUUCUGUCUCUCUCUCUCUCUCUCUCUCUCUCUCUCUUCCCCCCCCUCACUCUCUGUCACUCCUUCAUCCUUUCCAGUGCAUCUCUCCUCCUUUACCCAGAUGUAUUAUAACCAUUUAAUGCAACCAAAUUUUUAAAAAGUGCUGGCUACAGAACUUUUAUUAAGCUGUAUAUAUUUUGUCAUGUCGACAACUCUGGUAAUAAUCAGACUGGCAGAACUUCCUUUAGAACUUGUCAGUCAGACUGAUGCAAGGACUCUAUAAUAUGUUUUAAAAGAUAAUGAACUUUUAUUAAACUCCCACUUGGUUUGGAUGUUGCAGGCACUUUUUAAUUUCAGAACCCGCUAAUCACUAUUCCUUCAUUAGCAAUUUUUUCCGGUUUCCCUCACCCACCCUAACCUGGUUUAGACGGCAAGAUUUAUAGGUUCGCGUUCAUCAUUCCAAAUUUAAAUUAAGUAGUUGUAAAUUACCACUAUGCCAGCAAGAGUAACUACUCUGUCUAAUUAAUUAAAGGCUCUUCAAGAUUGCCAACUUGGGGGCAACAGAUGGUAUGAAUUUGACAAGUAACUGCUAUAUACUUCAUUUUACAAAAGGCUCAUUUUAUGUUUCAAAGGAAACACUGAAAACUGAUCGUGAUGACAAAAAUCUUACCUGGAAUUUGGCUUCAGUAUCCUUUGCUUUUUAAAUGACUUAAGUAUUGCUCCAUGCACAACAAAUUGCCUCUAUUUUUUACAUCAGGAUUUUACCUCUUUCCCCCUUUUUCCCUUCUUCUUAAACUGGCUGCUAUCACAAUUGAAUGAUGUGUGAAUUCCUUGAGCUCUCAGCCUUUGAUGUCCAUUAUCCAUUUUAAAGGUUGGCAAAGUGUGAAAAAUCAUAACAUUGUGUAAAUACCUCCUUAAAC